UAAUUAAAAAUAACAAAAAUCUCCCUCUCUCGUCUCUCUCCGCUCUCUCUCUCGGCCAAUCUGAAAAUGGCGCUGUUCUCAUGGACCUUGUCUUCUCCUCCGUCACUUUAUCAAUCUUCUCUCCCAAACAAAAUUAGUCUUCUUCCUCAAAAGCUACCGUCUGUUUCUUUCCGAUCACUACCUCUCAGAAAAAAUAACUUAUUCAUUCGAUCUGUAUCCACUCAAGCACCAUCAACAUCUGGUGGCAUUGCACCAGCAAUAUCUAUAACAGAUGAUGCAUUAAAGCACUUGAACAAGAUGAAGGCUGAACGGAAAGAAGAUCUAUGCUUGAGAAUUGGUGUUAAACAAGGUGGAUGCUCUGGCAUGUCCUACACAAUGGAGUUUGAGAACAAAGAAAACGCUCGAUCUGAUGACUCAGUUAUGGAAUACAAUGGUUUUAAUAUUGUUUGUGAUCCAAAGAGCCUUCUUUUCAUAUACGGGAUGCAAUUGGAUUUCAGUGAUGCACUAAUUGGUGGUGGCUUCUCUUUCAAAAAUCCGAAUGCCACACAGACAUGUGGAUGCGGUAAAUCAUUUGCUGCAGAGAUGUGAAGACAUUUAUAUCGUAUACAUGCGAAGACAUUUAUGUAGUACAGCACACUGUAAAAUUAAACUUAGAAUUGACAACACUAAACAACCAAGUUUUAUUGGUUUGGUGUGUAUGAAAUGUCAUCUUUAGACA